AUGGUUUCAAAUAGUUCGAAUGGCAAGGAACCCUUAAAUCCGGAUGAGCUCUACUUCAACGACAUGGACUUAAGAGCAUGGGAGCGGCGCACGGCGGAACAAGACGGAUUAGCUUACGGCGAUGACUACGGGUACGGGUACGGGUAUGUGGAGGACGAAGGAUACUAUGAAGAUGCGGGCAACAUGAUGUCUCCCGCUGAAUAUGAGGACCUUCUAUUUCAGCGCACCUUGGACAAGAUUCGGUUGGCUAGAGCCAUUGGUGACGCGGACGUGUCGCUUACGCCUGAAGAACUUGAGGUGUAUCAAACUCGGAUGUGGCGGCAAAGGGCGCCUGCAGCGCGCCCGCAAGCUAGAGCUAUGCCACACAGCGCACCUGUGGUUCAUAUGGCCACCGCUUCGAGUGUCACCGGCGCACCAGGCUCAAGCAGCCCACGAUCGAAGAAGAACCAGCGCCGCUCAUCUCUCUUCGGAGGCAAGGACAAGUCGAAGAAGGAGAAGACUGGCAAUCGAGCCCGAGCAACGUCCAAUGCCACCGAGUCGACUUUUCAGCAGGCACCGCCAGGUUUUCUUGUGCCAGGACCGAAUGGGCAACCAAUGUUUGCGCCCAUCAACACUUAUCAAGCCUACAACGGCCGCGAUACUCGCCAGCAAGGGUCGCCAUUGCGUCCAGGCUCCCGUCCAGCUUCGAAGGGCGACGAAAGACAUGCCGCGAACAAAGGGAAGAACAAGGGCAGUCCGAAAGGAGCACCGCAAGCACAAACUCCUCCACAGUCUCCUCUACGCCUUACAACAACCUCAAGAGAUAUUCCAGGCGCUUUCCCUAGUUCUCCUGUAAGCUAUCGGAUGCCGACUCCGCCUCUAGCUGCACGGCCCGGGUCUUCAUCUUCUCGCCUCUCUGCUCAGGACCACACAGAUCGUCAAGCUUCGUCGGGUGGGCGCAGCCGUUCUUCCACUGUGCAGCAGCCUCCGAAGCUGGUUCCCUUUCCAGUCGCUGAAUACAAGCACCACAGUACUGAGCCAUUUCAGUAUCAAGCCGCAGGUCACCUCGCUCAACCAUCAGCCCAACCCCAAUUUGCACGAAGAGUAGCCUCUGCCGAAGCGCCUUAUGCAGCAAUGCCGCGCCGUGUACCGGUUCCAAACCAGCAACCAACAGGCAGGCAAAGUAUGCAAAGCAGCUAUUCUGACCCUGCAAUCCCGCAUGUGGGUGGCAUGGUCGAUGUGAGUGAACACACGGUUUCGCAGACCGACGACAAUGGCUCCAGCGUGCCGGGCAAGAGCACAGGCAAGCAAGCAUCGGGUAGUGGUGGCAGUAAGGAAGGCGAGAGACGUCGGCGAGGUGGGAAAAGUCGCCGUAAGAACUAA